AUGGCAGGGUCACAGGCCAAUGGCACGUCCAGCCCCGCGCGUCGCAGACCCAAACACAUCGUCAUCGUGGGCGGUUCCCUGGGCGGCCUCUUCACGGGCGUGGCGCUCAAGCAGCAUGGCUACGACACGACAAUCCUUGAACGUAACCCGACCAAUCUGCUGGAGAAUCAAGGAGCUGGCCUCGUUGCGGGCGGUGAUACCAUGACCUGGUUCGAUCGUUAUGACCGAUGUAAGCGGCCCGUCGCGGUAACGUCUCAGAAGCGCAUGUACCUCGACCAGUCGGGCAAGAUUGUCCAUGAGGAGGUCAUGAAGCAGACCAUGACGAGCUGGGACUUGUGCUAUUACCUGCUCCGGGCCAAUUAUGACCAUCAGCAAAGUGGAUACUGCGAUGUGCCCGGACCCCGGCCUGGUGAUGGCAAGAUCGACUACAGGUAUGGCUGUACGGUGACGAGUUUCCAGGAGGAAGGUGAUCAAAUAAGGGUGUUUUUCGACAAGAGCGACGGCGGAAAAGAGUCGGUCUUAGGAGAUAUGCUCGUCGGGGCGGACGGGCCGAGCUCAACGGUGCGCAAGAUCCUCUGCCCGGAGGUUGAGAGAAAAUAUGCGGGCUAUUGCGUAAUCAGAGGCACGGUACCGGAGGAUGAAGCGUCCGAGGAAGCCAGGAAGGCGUUCGUGGAGAGGUUCACCUUCUUUCACGCGCCGGGGAUCCAAAAUCUGACGUACACCAUCCCCGGGAUCAACGGGGCAAUGGAGCCAGGGAAACGGCUGCUGAAUUUUGUCUGGUACACGAAUUUUCCCGAAGGCGAGGAGGAGCUCGAAAAGCUGAUGACCGACAAGGAGGGCAAGAGGAGGCGACUCACCAUUCCGCCUGGGAUGAUGCGGCCCGAGGCGUGGGAGAUGGUCAAGCAACGCGGUCGAGACCGACUGCCACCACAGAUGUCCGAGAUGGUCGAAAAGACGAAGAACCCUUUUGUGCAGUGCAUCACCGACGUGAUCACCCCGACCAAUGACUUCCACGGCGGCAAAGUUGUGCUUAUUGGGGACGCACUGGCCGGGUUCAGGCCGCACACCGUCGCCAGCACAAGUCAAGCUGCGUUCGACGUCCUCAUGCUGGUGGAGUAUCUUCAGACCGGCGAUCACGCCGAGUUCGUGCGAAGGACCAUGGAGUUUGCACGCUUGAUCCAGAAGAGAGGCAUGUACAUCGGGAACAGAAGCCAAUUCGACAAACUACCGUUGAGGGAGUACAUCGAGGAUCGGAAUAUGAUGUCGAUAAAGAGGGAAGACUUGGAAUUUCCGGAGUGGACGCAGGUUAGAGUGUAG